UUAAACUGACAGCCAAUCCAAAAAUACAGUUUUGAUGAGAGAAUAAAAAAAAAAAAGGAAAGAAAGCCCAGCUAUAUAACAAUGAAAGCUUUGUCCUGGUUUAACUGUGUGUACAGGAAUUCCACAGACUGAUCCAUUUUCUAUGUACAUAUCCAAUGAACUGUCACACAGUGCUGCCCUCUGUCAGCCAUCAUAGCUGGUCGAGAAGGAAUGUCAUGUGAUCAGUCUACAUAUUCAUGGGUAGCUCAUUAUCGCAGGAGUCACAACGCACGCAAGUAUUAUACCUAGCAACAAUAAGAACCAGGGAAUGGGCAGCAUGGCAGCGAUGCGGAGCUUCGUUUGACAGCGGUCAGUGUUUGAUCCUGAACGGGUUACCUAAUCUGGGGAUCUAACUAGCUCUGCCAGCCUGUGGAUGUGCGUGUGUGUGUAUAGCCGGGUGGCAGGUAGAGUUGGCCCAGCUCUGAGGCUAUACCCCGCUGGCCAGCCACAGCUAUAAACACAGGAUUGCCUCUUAAUUUGAUCAAGUCUUCAUGUAUGGUCAGGUGCUACAGGUAUCUACACAUCUAGCUGACUUCUAAAACUGCAAAGAGAGGAGUAGGAAUCUUGGCCGUUUGUAACCAUGGGAAAGCAGAACAGCAAGCUGAAGCCAGAAGUGCUGGAGGAUUUACGCAAGCACACAGAAUUCAGUGACGAGGAGUUACAGGAAUGGUACAAAGGUUUCCUCAAAGACUGCCCCAGCGGGCACCUAUCUGUGGAGGAAUUCAAGAAAAUUUACGGAAACUUUUUCCCGUACGGCGAUGCGUCAAAGUUUGCAGAACAUGUGUUUCGCACGUUUGAUACAAACGGCGACGGAACUAUAGAUUUCAGGGAGUUUAUUUGUGCCCUGAGUGUGACAUCACGGGGAAAGCUGGAGCAAAAACUUGAGUGGGCCUUUAGUAUGUAUGACCUGGAUGGAAACGGAUACAUAUCUAGACAGGAAAUGUUGGAAAUUGUUACGGCUAUUUACAAGAUGGUAGGCACGGUUAUGAAGAUGCCUGAAGAUGAAUCGACUCCAGAGAAAAGAACAGAUAAAAUAUUCCGCCAGAUGGAUAAGAACCUGGAUGGACAGCUAUCUCUAGCCGAAUUUAUCGAGGGGGCCAAAAGUGACCCCUCCAUUGUGCGAUUACUUCAAUGUGAUCCCAAUUCACAGAGCUGAAACCAGAAGAGAGGUCUUUUCAAAAUCUCUCACAUGUUUUACUGGAGUUCCAUCAUAACACUGUACAAAAAAAAAAAUAAGAAAACAACAUAAAAGGAUUAUAUGAGAAAAAUGUUUAAAAAAAACAGAGAGAAGAGAAGAAACACGAAUGAUUCCUCGAAUUGCACCAUUCCAUAGGAAGGUCAUUUGUUUGCUUUUGUAUUCAUUCUGUUUUCUGUCCACUGGAUUGCUAUUAAGAUGUGUUGGAGUGAGAUGGCUUAUGUGCUGAUUUAGCCUCCGUUCGUUGAAGUUUGCUCGGGAAUGGAAGAGCAGAGAUUAUGGCUUGAGGCAUGGAUGUGCUUGCCUGUUCUAUCAAUCCAGUCUGUGCUCAGAAUGGACUCCUCCAGGUUUCAACAGCGUUUGGUGGCAAGUGUGGGAUUGUAAACACACUGGCAGAACCCACCAAAGUUUCUCUGUGUGAGCUUUACAGCCAAGAAUGAAGCACAGAGAACUCUUCGUGUACUUUGUAAGCACAGAGAACUCUACGUGUACUUUGUAAUUCACCAGACGUUCAUUCUUCCCCAAAAGUCUUUAUCUUGGGCUGAAGAUAAUUGUUCAGUUAAUUCUUGUACAGUUUUCUACAGAUCUGUUUCGUCAUGGUAUAAACAAUAAGAAGUAACAACAACAACAAUAAAAUGAGGACUAAAUAUAUGAAUAUCUAUGUCAAAGAUAUGUUCAUCUA